GAGGAGUAAUAGGAGCUUCCCGAGGAGGAGAGAGCGGACCCGGGGCUCUGCUAAGAGCGGUGUCUGUCCUUCCCCGCCUCGAACCGGUGCUCGCGCCCGUCGAGACCGGUGCGGCGGGUCGAUCAGUAACACGGAGAGUGGGGGUCGGCUAUGGGGCUUUGCAAGUGCCCCAAGAGGAAGGUGACCAACCUGUUUUGCUUCGAACACCGGGUCAACGUCUGCGAGCACUGCCUGGUAGCCAAUCACGCCAAGUGCAUCGUCCAGUCCUACCUGCAGUGGCUCCAAGAUAGUGACUACAACCCCAAUUGCCGCCUGUGCAACAUACCCCUGGCCACCCGGGAGACGACCCGCCUCGUCUGUUACGAUCUCUUUCACUGGGCCUGCCUCAAUGAACGUGCCGCCCAGCUACCCCAAAACACGGCUCCUGCUGGCUACCAGUGCCCCAGCUGCAGUGGCCCCAUCUUCCCCCCUACCAACCUGGCUGGCCCUGUGGCCUCUGCGCUGAGAGAGAAGCUGGCCACAGUCAACUGGGCCCGGGCAGGACUGGGCCUUCCUCUGAUUGAUGAGGUGGUGGAUCCGGAGCCUGAGCACCUCAACACCUCUGACUUCUCUGACUGGUCCAGCUUUCAUGCCAAUGGUACCCCUGAACAAGACGAGCUAGCCAGUGCUUCUGCUGCCCCAGCCUUCUACAGCCAAGCCUCCCGGCCCCCUGCUUCCCCAAGCCGGUCAGAGCAGCACACAGUGAUCCACAUGGGCAGUUCGGACCCCUUGCCUCACGCCUCAGCCCCAAGGAAGGUGUAUGACACGCGGGAUGAUGACCGGACACCAGGCCACCACAGGGAUUGUGAUGAUGACAAGUACCGUCGCCGGCCUGCUCUGGGCUGGCUGGCCCAGCUGCUCAGGAGCCGGGCAGGGUCUCAUAAGCGGCCACUGACCCUGCUCCAGCGGGCGGGGCUGCUGCUGCUGCUCGGGCUGCUGGGCUUCCUGGCCCUCCUGGCCCUCAUGUCUCGUCUGGGCCGGGCUGCGGCUGACAGUGAUCCCAACCUGGACCCGCUCAUGAACCCUCACAUCCGUGUGGGUCCCUCUUGAGCCCUUGCUUGUGGCUGGGCCAGCCUAAGACCUGGGGGCCUGAGGAGGGGACGUGCAGGUCUGGGCGCCCUCCUCUGCUCCUCUCCCUCAAGCCUGAGACACUAAGAUCCCAGGCCCAAAGCCGAGUCCACCAGCGCGGCUGCAGGCCGGGCCUGGGGUCCCUACAAGUCAGACGUCUGUCUGGACCUGCUUCCCUGGGUCUCUGCCUCCCACCCUGCACCCCACAAAGGAGCUGACAGGUGGAAAUAAACUACAGACUUUAUUAAAA